UUAGAACUGUUGAAUCUUCCGUCUUGGCAAGCACCGAACUCGGGCCAUGCCCUGCGCGGCGGUUGGGGGGCAUGAAGAAGGCGACCAAGCGUCGCCCUGCUUCGUCGCGGUCUGCGGAAGCAACACAACCUACUUCUGAGGGCAAUGUGAUGGGAAGGAGGCUGGCCUUUGCCAUUUGGCCAACUGCUUUGCUGGCGCUCUUGGCUGCCUGGACGUGGCAAAAGCAGCAGGCCGGCGACGUGCCAGUGCUCCAAUGGGCGCCGGACAAACCUCUGGCGGCCUUCCUGGGUGCCCGGACUCGGCCCGUGGUGCUGCGGAACUCCUUGGUCACCUCUUGGCCGGCCCUGGCGCGCUGGGAUUUUGCCUACCUGGCCAAGAGCUCGCGGAAGUCGCUGCAGGGCCUCUUCCACCACACGGGGCCAGUUUUUGGCCCCUUCUACGAUGAAAAGCGGCCCUUGCAUGGCCGGCAUCGCAUCCGCCGUCCGGACGCAUCUUACGAGACCAAUGCCACCUUGCCACUGGCGCGACUGGCUGUCACCUUUGCGCCUGGAAACGAGCCAAGUGAGUACUGGGCGUUUUCCGGGUCCCUGAGGGAUAUUGACAAGGCUUUGGAGAAAGAGGUCGACUUGCGGGAGCUGUUGUCCCUAUAUCCGCAGCACAGCUCCGUCAACCUGUGGCUGUCCAUGGAGGGAGGUGUCACACCCUGCCACUUUGAUGGCUUUCACAAUAUGUAUGUGCAGAUUGCCGGCGUCAAGCGUUUCCUGUUGCUUCCUCCAGACUCGCAUGCAAGCCGCGAAUUUUAUCCGUUUCUACACCCCAGCUAUGCCCAGUGCCGGAAUCGCUUGGCAGAUAGUCCCAGCGGCCACGUCAUGGAAGUGACUUUGCAGCCUGGCGACCUUCUCUACUUGCCGCCUUUUUGGCUGCACGAGGCAGUUGGCCUGUCUCCGAGCAUUUCCCUCAACGUCUGGACCGGCAUCAACGAUAGCCAGCGGAUGGAACGAAUCCUCGGAAUGCAGAUCCCUGGCUUUCGAGGAGGGAGUCCGAGUGCCACCUCUCCCGCUGGAGCGUUGUCGCCAGAAACCCUUAGCGUGUCUAUGGCGGCGAGGUUUCAGCUGGGCUCUUUGUUGGUCUUGGAUGUUGCCAAGAAGCUCUACAACUCUACUGCGCUUGUGGUUUCUCUGUUCCACUCCCGCUUUCAGUUCCUCAAAGACUCGGAGGCCCUGCCUCCCUGUCCGCGCCAUCUCUGCAGCUCGGUGGCCGCCUGGCUGCGCCGCAACGAAGCCGCGCCGCCGGCUCUGGCGGCCGCAGGCGGGGCCUACGCCCAGCGCGUGGCGGAGGAGCUGCAGGCCAUGCAGACUGAGAACUCCAUUUGGUUCUUCAACUUCAUCGAGGCCGUGGCUUUGCAAGCAGCAGGAGCUCCUGAGCAUGCUGGCUGGAUGGUGGAAUGCCUCGCGCUUUGAUUCGGCAAUGGACCUCUUUUUCUGCAUGAGAAAGCCAUCGCUGCUUUUGAGCGAUGGACCGCCAAACUUGCCCUUCUUGGGGAACAAAAACAUGGGCUAACGAGCCGUGGACAAGUCUGUGGACAGGCGACAGGCCAAGAUGAUGCGUUGAUACCAUACGCGUAUAGCGACAGUCAGAGUGCAAGCGCGCCGCACUUACAG